UUCUUAAGGAUGAAAUUGUAAUCGAUUUAAUAGGACAAAAAACGCGAAAAAAGAGUAUUAGGAUUCGGAUCUACCGGAUCUCUAUCGACCCUGAAGUCCGAAAUAGAUCUAUUUCUUUCGCGGUUCCAAACCACACGAAGAGAUAAAAAUUAAUAAAACCACGCACUCUCACUCCUUUCUUCUUCUCCCCAUUUUCACCGUUCCAAAAGGGGUUUAUCUAGGGUUUUCUUUUCCGGUUUGCAGCUCCUAUAUCCAUGGCAAAGCCAGCGCGGGGCCGUCCCUCGCCGCCGUCUGGCUCCGGCUCAGGCUCAUCCUCUCGAUCCCGGUCGAGGUCGAGGUCUCGCUCACGGUCUUUCUCGGGUUCAGGUUCAGGUUCAGGUUCGACCUCUCGCUCUCGUUCAGUGUCCUCUCGCUCUCGCUCCAGGUCAUUCUCUUCCUCGUCUCCUUCUCGUAGCCUCAGCUCUGGUAGCCGCAGUCCUCCUCCGAGAAAGAGUCCUGCUGAGGUAGCUAGGCGAGGCCGUUCUCCGCCACCACAAUCUAGAAAAGCUUCUCCGCCUCCGAGGAAGGCUUCUCCCACUCGUGAGUCUCUUGUUCUUCAUAUCGACUCCCUUAGCAGGAAUGUGAAUGAGGGCCAUUUAAAAGAAAUAUUCAGUAACUUUGGUGAAAUUAUACAUGUGGAAUUGGCAAUGGACCGUAGUGUUAAUCUUCCAAAAGGAUAUGGAUAUGUUGAGUUCAAGACACGGACUGACGCUGAGAAGGCCUUACUAUACAUGGAUGGGGCCCAAAUUGAUGGCAAUGUUGUUCGGGCAAGGUUCACAUUACCUCCGCGACAGAAGGUUUCACCACCCCCAAAGCCUAUUGCUGCUGCUCCAAAGAGAGAUGCUCCCAAAACUGAUAAUGCUGGUGCUGAUGUUGAGAAGGAUGGGCCAAAACGGCAAAAAGAAUCUCCUCCUCAUCGGAAACCUCUAGCAUCUCCUCGAAGAAGAUCUCCUAUUGCACGGAGAGGUGGAUCUCCUAGACGUCUUCCUGAUUCUCCUCCACGUCGACGUGCAGAUUCUCCUCCUGCUCGUCGGCGGAUGGAUUCUCCUUAUCGUCGUGGAGAUACACCUCCAAGGCGGAGACCAGCAUCACCAGCUAGAGGACGUUCUCCAUCUCCACCAAGGCGUUAUAGAUCCCCUGCAAGGGGCUCUCCCAGAAGGAUGCGCGGUAGUCCUGUGCGCAGACGUUCUCCUCCUCCUCCAAGGCGACGCACACCUCCUCGACGAGCCCGUAGUCCUCCCAGAAGGUCUCCCCUUCGUCGUCGUAGUCGCUCUCCGAUUCGUCGGCCUGCUCGCUCGCGUUCAAGAUCAAUUUCACCAAGGAGAGGCCGAGCACCUGCUGCAAGGCGUGGGAGGUCAUCAUCCUAUUCUGGAUCACCUAGUCCUCGCAAGCAGGUUACUCGCAAGAUAUCAAGGAGCCGUAGUCCUAGAAGGCCUCUGCGAGGAAGAAGCACUAGCAACAGUAGCAGUAGCAGUUCACCACCCCGUAAACCAUAGGUAGUAGUUGCUGUACCCCAAACUUGAUAGUUGUGAAUGAUGUAAUCUUUUAAAGAUACUUUGUCAGUGUGGUAAAAUACUUUCCUUCCUUCCUUAUGUAAUGGGGUAUUGUUUUCCAGGAUUAUAUCUGUUGCUUAAGAGAGUCCAUGCUUUGUGUGCUACGUUGCUCAUAAAUACUAGCAGGAAAAAAUAUUUAAAUGCAUUUUGAUUA